CUCGCGCCCGGACACUGAGCCGCCAGCCCCGCCCCUAGGCGUCCCACCGGCCCAGUGGCGGGAACCGCUCCGCCGAGUCGGGUGGCUCCCUGCGCUGUGUCCGACGUCGCGAGACUCUGUCUGCCUGCUGCGUCCCAGAAGCCGACCUCGCUACGGCGGGGCGAUGCCCGGGAGCCGGCAACCGAGGGUCCGCUCCGGGAACCAGCCGUGCCCGGCGCCCGCCAUGGAACCGGCGGCCAGCGGGAUCUGGGGCCACAGCCGCGCCGCACUCGUCCGCCUGGAGCAGCUGCUGUGCUGCUCGCGCUGCACUGAUAUUCUGAGGGAGCCUGUGUGCUUAGGAGGCUGUGAGCACAUCUUUUGUAGCGAUUGUGUAAGUGACUGCAUUGGAACCAGAUGUCCGGUGUGUUCCACCCCAGCCUGGAUCCUAGACAUCAAGAUAAACAAACAGUUGGACAGCAUGAUUCAGCUUUAUAGUAAGCUUCGGAAUUUGCUGUAUGACAAUAACUUUUCAGAUUCGAAAGAAGAUAAAUGUAGGCCAAGUAUAUUUAAUGAUGCAGAAAGCAAGAAAAAUUCAAUCAAAAUGUGGUUUAGUCCUCGAAGUAAGAAGGUCAGGUAUGUUGUGCAGAAGGUUUCAGUGCAAACCCAGCCUCAGAAGAUGAAAGAUGGAAACACUCAGCAAGAUGCAGAGUAUGAAUUUACUUCUGCAACUCCCCCUACAGUUGUUUCUAAGAAAACUAAAAAAGCUUCCAGAACAUGUGCAAAAAAGCAAAAAAAGAAAACUUUAGCUGAAAUUAAUGAAGAAUGGAAUUUAGAUGCAGAGAAGGAAGGCAAUGAGCUUGAUCCCAAAGAAGAAGUUAAGGAAAAGCAGGUGUCAUUCUGUAGCCAGCCAGCCAUUAUUGGUAGUCCACAAGUAAAUGGCGAAAUAGACUUGCUUGCCAGUGGCUCGGUGUCGGAAUCUGGAAGUUACGGAAGCUUCACCGGGGCCUUUCUACCACUGGCCGAGCAUAUAGAGUCUCCAGAGAGUGGCAGCAAUAAUGAAGUGACACUUGAGGAAGGCUGUGGAAAUGAUCUUACUUCUGAGAUGUCUUUGCCAUUAGAUUGUAAUGGAAAACGUGGACAUAGCAACAGACUUUCUAGGCCUGUUUCUAAGAAGUGUAGAAGCAGUAUUCCAAGCACCAGUGGAGAGAUAAGGCAAACAGGGCUCUCAGAAAACAUAGCGUUGCUUGGCUGUUCACCGCCGGCUUCAAGCAAACUUCAAGUUGACACAGUAAGGAGGGAAAAUGAUAAUAGAUCAGAUGACUCCAUCAGCCAUUCGCCUUGUCCACUACCUUCUGCUCUGAGUAGUUCCAGUUAUAGACGACUGAUGUCAAGCCCCUCUGCAGUGAAGGUGUCCCCCCAUGACUUGAUGGCCAGGAAAAGAAAUCACAGAGGAGAGACUUUGCUUCAUAUUGCUUCUAUAAAGGGUGAUACAUCGUCCGUUGAGUAUCUCUUGCAAAAUGGAAGCGACCCAAAUGUUAAGGACAAUGCUGGAUGGACCCCAUUGCACGAAGCCUGCAAUCACGGGCACCUCAAGGUGGUGGAGCUGCUGCUGCGGCACCAGGCCCUGGUGAACACCACUGGCUACCAGAACGACUCGCCGCUCCACGAUGCGGCCCGGAGCGGGCACCUGGACAUCGUGAGGCUCUUGCUGUCCUGUGGCGCCUCCAGGAAUGCUGUUAACAUAUUUGGUCUGCGGCCUGUGGAUUGUACAGACAAUGAAAAUAUGAAGUCAUUAUUGCUGCUACCAGAGAAGAAUGAAUCAUGCUCAACUAGCCGUUGUUCAGGAGUGAAUGUCGGGCAGCGCAGAGAUGGACCACUUGUUCUCAUCGGCAGUGGGCUUUCUUCAGAACAACAGAAAAUGCUCGGGGAGCUGGCAGCAAUGCUUAAAGCUAAAAAAUGCAUGGAGUUUGACAGUACAGUGACUCACGUCAUUAUUUCUGGUGAUGAGGCUCAGACUACUCUCAAGUGUAUGCUCGGGAUUCUCAAUGGGUGCUGGGUCCUGAAGUUUGACUGGGUGAAAGCAUGUCUACAAAGAAAAGUCUGUGACCAGGAAGAAAACUAUGAAAUUCCUGAAGGUCCACGGAGAAGCAGGCUCAACAGAGAACAGCUGUUGCCUAAGCUGUUUGAUGGCUGCUACUUCUAUUUUGGGGGAAACUUCAAGCAUCACCCAAAGGAUAACCUCAUUAGGCUGGUCACAGCAGCAGGAGGCCAGGUCCUCAGCAGAAAGCCCAAGCCAGACAGUGAUGUGACCCAGACCAUCAACACGGUUGCCUACCAUGCCGACCCCGAGUCCGACCAGCGCUUCUGCACGCAGUAUAUCAUCUAUGAGGAUUUAUCUAAUUACCGCCCAGAAAGGGUGCGGCAAGGCAAAGUCUGGAUGGCUCCUUCCAGCUGGUUCAUAAACUGUGUGAUGUCCUUCAGGUUACUUCCUCUAGACAACUGAGUUUGAUGUCAAAUGAGCAUUUCAUAUUAAGCUUGCACAGUAUAUGAGAGUUGAGCCGUGGCAAUUUGUUAUUCAUGUUUUUACAGGAUAGGUAGAGUCAGUCAUAUUUUUUCAUUUUAUGAAAAAAAAAAAACAUGUCAGAUUAGAAAUUCAUUCUGUGUUUAUCAGUUAGGUGCUGGGAUUGCUUUCAAAAAUUCUUGGACCGGGAUUUAACUCAGCGGCAUAAGCACCUGCCGGGUCAUGAGUUCAGUGCCCAGUACAAAAAAAAAAAGUUCUUUUGGGGGUUGGGGUUCCACCUUAGUGGAGCACCUGCCAAGCACCUGUAGCAUCCUGCGUUUAAUUCCUCACACUGCAAAAACGUGUUUUUCCUUUUAAAGCUGAUGUUUGUUUUAUUUCAUCAUGUCUUUCUACUCUUAAUUAUCAACUGUCAAAGAUUGAGAGAGGCUAUCAGAGCUGUUGUUAAAUCUGUAAAUGAUACUGGUAGUAUUUCAACCAUUUAAUGUUCUCUGAUGAAAAAGUCCAAACCUGCCACCAGCAACAAUACUUGCCAUCCUUCAGGAAGCAGAAUAUUGUCAAAUUAUUAUUCUGGCUUUAUUAUAAUGAGAAAGAGUACUCGAUCUAAGUGUGCUGCUGUAGGUGUUAAAAUUCUUCUCUCCUUUGUAACCAUCUGUAUUUUACAUUGUUCUUAAUUUCGCAGUGUGUUUGAUUUUUAUCCCUUUUAAAAAGCUUGUGUAUUCAUUAAGCAAUCAUGUUUUGAACUUUAACAUUGUUUCUUGGCAAUGAAAAUCAAUAGUAGGCUCAUAGUACAUAAUUUCUUAUUGUGUACAUUUACUUAUUACCUGUAGCUGUUUGUUUAUACUGUAUAUGUGUGUAUACUUUAUUAUUUCUGUGACAUAUUUCAAUAUUAGCAUUUCUCAAUGUCUUACUAGAAACUUGUCAAUCAAAUGUCAGUACAUCAGAUUAGAAGCAUUUUGUCUGGUAGAUCGUGCAAGGGAAGGAGCGUAGGGCCAUGCGCAUGCUCAGCAUGUGCUCUCCUCAGCUACACACUAGCCCAGUCUCAGUUUCUUCAUAAAGUUUUUAGAGGGGUAGGCAGAAGCUGGAGAUUGCUUGAUUUAGGACAAGAUUUUGCCCAGAUUAUACAGAAGGCCAUAGCAGUCAAUGUAGAGGAAGGAGCGAGAAGGACUUGCUCUGGAUACCAAAGUCUGGGUGAGCUAUGGACUGUGCACCGCCUGGCAGUGGCCUGUGCCGAGCAGCUGACACAUCUGCUCCCCGUGUUCUUACUGUGCGUCCACAGGGCUGGGCUGAAGCAGAAUUCUUUCAUAAGCCUUUGCUAGCAAUGGAAUGUCUUUAUGGUGUGAAGGCUUAGGGAACUGAAACCUACCAGUUUUGUCUCUUGAGCCAGCGGAGCGUAGUCUGAUAACCACUGCACUAAAUAUCCCCAGUUUUAAAAUAUUUGACAGCCUACAUUUAAUCAGCAUUUUAAGGUCUGCUUAGUUGAAGCUUUCAAAUUCUGUUGAUCAUUUGAAAAUACAUUUUACCUCAAGUCCUUUGUCAUAUUUUUCAUAUCAAGAAAUACUAUGUGAACAAAACAUUGUUUCUUUUUUUAAUCUAGAAUAAAUUAGCUCUGAAAUUUCCUCUAGAACCAUCAUUGUGUUCAUGCCACAUUUCAUCCUGAUAAAGGAUGAUGAACACCAUUGCGCCCAAUGAAUCUGAGGAGUUAGGUAAAGUCUGCAUUACAUAAUUGAAGACCAUGGGAUUUUUAUCGUUUUUGUUACGUAAAUGAUUUUAAGUUGCUUUCUCUUGCCUUCUAGGUCACAGUCCUAGACAACUGUGUGUCUCUUACGUGCUACUGAAUUCUAAUUUUUAAAAUUCAUUUGGGAUUUCCUGCUUACACUGUUUGGUUCAUUUUCUUAGUUUGUCCUCUCUGUGUUUUUCUUUUUUUCCCGUACUAUUAUUUCCUUACAUCUUUGUUUUGACAGUAGUUGGUUUAUGUUAAGCUCUUGAAAUUUAUAAUUGUACUUAUUGUGUAAAAGUGUUGUAAUUAUUUUCAUUUUUUAAUCAUAGAAUCAAGCUUCCUUAUUGUUUACAAUAAAUCAUUAUUAAAGUUACAUGCA